AUGAAUUAUCAAAAUAAUCAACGUGAAGUUCCUUUCAACGAACAACCGGAUGCACCUAAUAUUCCUAGCGAAGCUCACUCUGGUCAUGAUAAUUUUCGCUCAACUGUUCAGCUUCUAACAACAGCGACGGCAACAGCAGCAACAGUUUCAAAAGAGGCAGCGAUAGCAUUACUAAUAAUUAACUUGAAAAUCAAAAGCUUUUUGGGUGAUAAAAUUAAAUUUAUUGUUGUGGAUGUUGGGAAAAGAAGGUUUAACCCAUCAUCAGUGUUUGAUACAAUUGUUUAUAAAUAUACCAAUGAUUGUUGUAUAGGAAUUGCUUCAGGAAUUACUUUUUAUGAGGAAGUAGAAUAUGAAGAAAUGAAGCUAAUAAAUGAAAUGAAACUUGGAUAUAAAAGAUCAAUUGGAACAAUUGUUUUUAUAAAAAUAUAA